AUGAGUAUGCAACUUGAAAGUGACAGUAUCGACGGCGAGUCGGCGCGAAUUUCAGACUCGGACUCAGAGGACGACGAGGUCCAUCAGGAUGUCAAUGGAUUAGUCGUACAUGACCUCGCAGAAGCGCCUAACACCUAUAUAGGCUACCUUCCAUCAUUUCGUGCACACCUGCGAGACACCAGAGCACACCUCACUGGGUCUAUCUCCGUUUACGACACUCCCCAUCCUAUCCCUUCAACCAAGUCUACGCUACCUCCACAUACUGAUCAAGAUAACGUUUCUACUUGUCCUGAGCCAGUCGCAGACUCGGAGAACCCUGAACUACCACCACGCAAAUCAAAUCCAACUAUCUGGUGUUCCUCACUCGCUUCUUGGUCCCAAUUAGAGGUAGAUGCAUUUUUCCACGCGUUGUCGAUCUACUCUCGCUGGCGGCCGGACUUGAUCGCGGAAGCCGUGAAGACCAAAUCCGAGGUCGAUAUCGUGGAGUUUCUGAUUACUCUGGAUUCCUGCGCGCAUUCCGGCACCACCGAGACCGGUGACAUCGUGUCAACUUCUCCUGCUGCGAUAGAAGUAUCAGAUAAGUGGGUAGUCGCGGAAGAGGCUAUGGCUGCCGCUCUGAUUGCCGAAGAGGAUCGCGGCGAACUGCAGGCGCUGGAGGCACUAAGGAGAAAGAGGGUGAGGGAUGCAAAGGCGGAUAUGAUCCCGAGAGGAAAACGGAGGUGUAUCACGCUCAAGGUCGGCGCAGAUGAGCCCAUAGCAUGCGAAGAUUCAGUGAGGGACGAUCUCGAGGACGAGCCGAUGAGCGUCGAGGUCGCCAAGGGAAAGGCUCGCUUCGAAAAAUGGCACGCGCGUAAGGUCGUUGAUUGGGAGCGAGACGAUCUGUUCAAGGAGCUCGAGGACGGGCAUUUGCAAGUUUUGGAUACGAUGCUGCGCGAGGAUGAGGAGGCACAGAAGGGGAAGGGCCUAAGCCACGGAGGCAGUGCUGAUGUGAUCUCGCAGGACUUGGAUAACGGAAUAGACAUGAACAUGCUCUCUCCCACAUCUCGCCGACGUCAGACAAAACGACUUUACAUGCGGCGAAAGCGUGCACAGCUUCGAGGCGAGGAUGUGGUACCAGUAACCCUCGCACGGCUUAAGCCUGGGAGGAAGGAAAAAGAAAAGGCAGUUACAGUAGUGGAAGAAACCGAGAAAGGGGGAGUCUUGCUAUCUGAAAAAGAAAUUGUGGAUAAGGUGACAACGUCUCCAGAUCUUACUGAACCUCAUUCCGAAGCCGAUGACGAUGACGUCGGGGACGCGGGUAAGACGAUCACCAAAAAGCGUGUUAAAGUGCGUGGAAAAACUCGUUACCAGAAAAUCAGGUCCGAUUUCGAAAAUGCUGGGAUCAAUGCAUCCUACCUCGGUAAACACGGUAUGGAUCUCUUCCAUCUCGGGCGUUUCGGAAAGCUCAUAGGGAUAUACAAAUCGCUUGGGCCAUGUCCAGAGGAUGAUGUUGGCACCACCUUCAUUUCCCCAGAUUUAAUACAGUACCUUCAAGCAUCGGUAGUUGCGUUCACGACGAAUGUCAUACACCGUGCGAUCAUGUGGAAGGAACAGGUUAAUGAACUCAAGGGCCAGAAAAAGGUUUGGAGGGUGCUGCACCAGAUAAGACAACCAGUUGUCGAACAUGCAUUAAAGACGAUUGGUGUGAGGACCUUGAGUCAACAGGAGCACUUCUCAAAGCUGCUUGAUCAGUAUGAUUUAUCCCCAGACAAACAAAAGCGCAAGAAAAAGCCUAGUCCCCCUGCAGGUGUGGAGGACGAGCGAGCGAGCGCUACCGGACAUUCUCCCGACGCGGAAAGCUAUGACAUUGCACUCUCGCCUCAUCGUACAAUAUAUACGCCCGCAUUUCUCGCUCCCGCCUCGUUUAAUAUCGGUGUUGUGGACACUUUCUUCACAGGUUACGAUGAACAGCUUCCAUCUAAAGGCUUGAUCAAUGAGGAUUCUCGCGAUGCGGAGUCUAUACUCUCGGAUGAGACAGACGAGGAGGCUCUAGAAAAUGAGUUGAUGGUGGACGAGAUGUUAAAUCAGGCUGAUGUGGAAACCGGUAAGAAAGUUGAGGAGCAGCUAUGGGCUGAAGUAGAGAGGGAGAUGAUGGAAGCGUCGAAGCAGUAA